UAAGCAUAUAUCUAAACAUGAGAUGGACAACUCUCCAGCCACUGAUGCUCGAAUUUCUUACAGAAAACACCAUUUCACCAAAUCUCAAUUAAACUACCAAUUAGACUCUUCACAUAAAUUAUUGGAUAUGUCAGUCUAUAUUUCACUCUUUUCUUCCUCUAUAUUUCCUAUUGUCACCAAUAAGAUUUCCCACAUCACAUCUUCCUCUAUUCCUUCAAAUGCAUUCAUUUCGCUUCCGAAAAACUCCAUUGCUCUCCUCCAAGUUAUUCAGGAUGAAGCACAGUGGCCGAAAGAACAAUACAUUUUCUAUAUUUGUGGUGGUAUUUUCAAUAUUCCUCUUUGGAUGCUUCAUGUACAAUGAAGACGUUAAGACAAUAGCUGAAUUCCCAUUUUCCAUGACCAGAACUCAAGAUAUCAGCAAUGAACCUUUGAAUCAGGGAAAUGAGGUUCAAGAAAUUACAAGAAUAGAUGGUAGCUCUGAACAAGAAGUUGCCAGCUUGAAGUACAAUGAUGAAGUGAAAGAUGACGAGAAAACAGAAACACAGAUGCCUACUACUGAAGUUGAUGAAGAAGAGGAGAAUAUUGAGUUGCCACCUGAGGAUUGUGAUCUUUUUACAGGACAAUGGAUUUAUGACUGUGUCACUCACCCAAUUUACAAAGAGCCCGAAUGUGAGUUUCUCACAGCACAGGUCACUUGCAUGAGAAAUGGAAGAAAGGACUCCAUGUAUCAGAAUUGGAGGUGGCAACCCAGAGACUGUUCUUUACCCAAGUUUAAACCAAGGUUGCUGCUUAAGAAACUGAGAAACAAGAGACUCAUGUUUGUUGGAGACUCGCUGAACAGAAAUCAAUGGGAAUCCAUGAUUUGUUUAGUUCAAUCAGCGGUUCCACCAGGCAGAAAAAGCUUAAACAAGACUGGUUCUUUAUCUAUUUUCAGAAUCGAGGAUUAUAAUGCCACAGUGGAAUUUUACUGGGCCCCAUUUCUAGUGGAAUCAAAUUCGGAUGAUCCAAAUAUGCAUAGUAUAUUGAACCGAAUCAUAAUGCCCGAAUCAAUCGAAAAGCAUGGCAAGCACUGGAAGAAUGUGGACUAUCUCGUCUUCAACACAUACAUUUGGUGGAUGAAUACUUUUGCCAUGAAAGUUCUACGAGGUUCGUUCGAUGAAGGGGCGACAGAAUACGAUGAGAUUGAAAGACCAGUAGCUUAUCGGAGGGUUUUGACAACAUGGUCGCAGUGGAUAGAUAACAAUGUGGAUACCAAUCGCACCAGAGUCUUUUUCAUGAGCAUGUCUCCUCUUCAUAUCAAGAGUUUGGAUUGGAACAAUCCAGAUGGGAUAAAAUGUGCAAAGGAGACAACCCCAGUAUUAAACACAUCAAUGCCGCUAAGUGCUGGGACAGACAAGAGACUGUUUGUGAUAGCAGCAAAUGUUACUCAAUCCAUAAAUGUCCCUGUAUACUUCCUCAAUAUCACCACUUUAUCGGAGUACAGGAAAGAUGCGCACACCUCUGUCCAUACCAUUCGACAAGGCAAAAUGCUGAAGCCUGAGCAGCAAGCUGAUCCAACAACAUACGCUGAUUGUAUUCAUUGGUGCCUCCCCGGAUUGCCUGACACUUGGAAUGAGUUCAUCUAUUCACGUAUUUUAUCACAUUCUUGACACUUUGCAUUCUCUUUCUUAAAACAGCAGUGUCCGGCCAGUUUACACGUGCCUCACCGAAUACUGUUACCUAAGCCUUCAUAUGUGCAGCUCCACUCCAAUUUCUAUUUUUAUUCUUCUUCAAUUUUGGUUUAAAGAACCACAAUUCUAAUUUUGGUAUUUUUUUAUUA